CAUUAGCAUAUAAUUUAGAUGUUAAUAAUGUUAAAAUAUUUAAUAUUCCUAAAACUUUUAAUAAUCAACGAGGAAGUUAUUUUGGAUUUUCUGUUGCACUUUAUACAGAAGGGCUAGAUUCCAUACUUCUUGUAGGUGCUCCCAGAGCAAAUUCAAGCACAAUAAAAAAUGUAAUUGAACCAGGUACUGUAUAUCAAUGUUCAAUUAAUAAGACCUGUAAGGAAUGGAUUAUUGAUAAAAGUGGAAAUGGUGAAUAUAGUGAGUGGAAUCAAAUUAAAGAUAAUGCCUGGAUUGGUGCAACAAUUGCUGUAGAAAAUAAAACCAAUCCUAGAAUUGUGGUUUGUGGUCCACGAUGGAAAAAAAAAGACAAAUAUAAUUGGUACAUGAAUGGUAUUUGUUACUUGUUAUUAGUUAACAAUAUUAAAUUUUUUGAAAAAGAAGUUGAAAACAAAAUUUUAUCACUUUCAAAUUAUUCGAAUUUUAUAUAUCCAAAUAAUAGAAAAGUUUAUAAUUUUGAAAUGAGUCAAGUUGGUUUUUCAAUGAAUAUGGUAUCUGGAUUAAAAUGGAAGUUAAUAUUAGGUAGUCCUGGUGUAUUUAAUUGGAAAGGCUUACCUUUAUUAGUUAAAAAACCAAUUUAUGGGAAAAUACAAUUUAUAAUUCCGUCAACUAAAAAUGAAAAAAGAAUUCGUGAAAAUAGUUAUUUCGGAUAUGCAGUAACAUCUGGUUAUUUUAUAAAAGGAGAAUUAUGGUUUGUUUCUGGUGCUCCAAAAGAUUCAAAUAUGAAUGGAAGUGUUAUUAUAUUUACUUUUCCUGAAACUAAUAAUGCAAUAAUAAAUAUAAAGAAAUUUUUAAGAGGUGAACAAUAUGGAGAAUAUUUUGGUGCUGCUUUAACGUCAUGUAAUCUCAAUGGCGAUGCUGAAGAUGAACUAAUUGUUGGAGCACCAUUAUGGUCAAGAUAUAUAGAUGAAGGUCGCAUAUAUGUAUAUACUGCUUUAUCUAAUGAAAAUUUUAAAAAACAAUCAUUUGAUGGAAAAAUAUCUGAAAGUAGAUUUGGUUUUACUAUAUCUUGUCUUGGUGAUAUUGAUUAUGAUGGUUAUAAUGAUAUUGCUGUCGGUGCACCAUAUGAAGAAGGAACUGGUGCAAUAUAUAUAUUUAAUGGCAAUAGCAACGGAUUACUUAGACAUUAUAGUCAAAAAAUAAUUGGAAAACAAUUUGGAAAAAAUAUUCGUGGAUUUGGGAUUUCAAUUUCAGAACCUCGUGACAUAAAUGGUGAUAAAUAUCCUGAUAUUGCAGUUGGAGCUUAUUUAUCAGAACAAGCUGUUUUAAUAAAAUCAAAACCUGUUGUAACAAUAACUACAAAAUUAAUUUAUGAAGAUAAAAAAUUAUUAAUAAAUUCUUCUUCUUUUUUAAUUAAUGUAUGCACAUAUUAUGAAGGAAUAAAUGCUCCUAAACACCUUCGAGUUGUUAAAUUUUUGAAAAUCGAUGAAAUAUAUGGAAGGGCUUAUUUUCAAAACAUAAUAAAUCCAAUUGAAAUAUCUGUAAAAAUUAGUUUGGAAAAGAACUUAAAUAACAAUGAGAGAAAAUUGAAUUUUUUUUGUACAUCUUGUGCAAUCAUAAAUAAAUUACUUUCUAAAACUGAAGAUUUAAUAAAAUUACCAUUUGCUGUAGACUGUGGUGAAGAUAAUAUUUGUACUUCAGAUGUGAAAAUAUCACUUUCAACAGAUUUAAAGUCUGGUAAUAGAUAUAUCAUAGGAUCUACAUUUACUAUUAAAUUUAAAUUAGAUGUCUUUAAUUAUGAUGAACCUGCAUAUCAAGCUAAAAUAUACAUAUAUAUACCAAAAAUAUUAUCAUUAGCAAGUAUACCAUCUUUAUGUAUAGAAAAUUUUUAUAAAAAUAAUACUUUAGAAGUAAUAUGUGAUCUUGGAAAUCCACUUAAAAAAAACAAAAAAUUAAUAUUAAAUUUGGAUAUGAGUAAAAUUCAAUUUGAUAUUGAUCAUGUACAACUAUGGACGAAUUUUAGUACACAAAGUGAACAAAAAAAUUCAUUCAAUAAUAUAAAUGUUUUUACUAUAUAUUUUGAUACUGAUAUCGAUAUAGCAAUAACAGGGAAAGCCCAACAUGAUCUAUAUUCAUAUUUUCUUGAAAAUGAAGAUAAAAAAUUAAACAGCAUUCAGUUUCAACAUAUUUAUGAAAUUCAGAAAUUUGGUGCUAGUCCAAUUAAUGAAGUUAUAUUAACACUUAGUAUUCCAACUUUCUGGAAACAAUCUAUUGGAGAUAUACAAAUUAUCAAUAUAAAUGACACAACUUGCAGCUAUAUGGAUAAUCAAUUAUUUCAUUGUACCUAUUUAAACUCUACAGUUUCAACUGCUUUAAUUGAUAAUUUUAAAAUUUAUACUGCAAAUACUGAAAAAUACACAUCAAAAAAGUUUAUAACAGAUUCUAAUUUUUCUAUAAAUUUUCCACCUAAAAAUAGAUCACUUUAUGUUGAUUGUAUAAAUGACAAUGUAAAAUGUACAUAUAUUAAAUACAAAUUGGGCCCAUUUUUAAAUUCUUUGUCUAUUGCAAAAUUUUCAGUUAUAUUAGAUAUUUAUUUAUUUAAUAUUUUUUUUUUUAAAUUUUUUAUUACAGCAAUGAUGGCAGGAAAAGAUAUUAUAUUUUUUCUAUCUAGCGGAAAUGUUAAUAUUUUGGAAUCAGAUCAUAUUAUUCAAAAAAUUGGACAUAAAUCUGAUAAUGUUAUUGUGGCUACAAUGUUUUUAGGUUCACUAGUAACUGAACAAAUUGCUAUAUGGAUUAUAAUUUUAUCAAUUUUCUUAGGAAAUUUAUUAUUAAUAUUAUUAAUUUUAAUAUUAUUUAAAAUCGGAUUCUUUAAACGAAAAAAAAAGAGAGAACUUGAAAUAUUAAAAUCUGAAAAUGUAAGUUUGUUGAAACAUUUUAAUUUUAUAUUAUAGAUAUUUAAUGUUCUUAUUACAUUACAGAAAAAACAUAGAAUUAUGUUGGAAACAUGUUCAUCAAUAGAAGUUUUUCAUCAAGAAUAAAUUUAUUAAU